GAAGCUGACAUUCGACCUCCCUCACCUCCUGAGUCUCCCUCCUCACCUCUCCUGAGUCCUCUCUACUGACACCAUGGGCUGCUGUGGUUGUGGAAGUUGCGGUGGCUGCGGCGGUGGCUGCGGCGGUGGCUGCAGCGGUGGCUGCGGUGGUGGUUGCGGUGGUGGCUGCGGCGGUGGCUGCGGUGGUGGUUGCGGUGGUGGCUGUGGCAGCUGCACCAGCUGCAGAUGCUACCGGGUGGGCUGCUGCACCAGCUGCUGCCCCUGCUGCUAUGGCUGCUGUGGGGGCUGCUGCAGCGUCCCCGUGGUCUGCUGCCACCGCCGCACCUGCAGCUGCAACUCGUGUGGCUGUGGCUGUGGGAAGGGCUGCUGCCAGCAGAAGUGCUGCUGCCAGAAGCAAUGCUGCCACUAGGCUUCCAGUCUGGCCUCUGGGAAGGUGCUGCUGGUAACUGUCUCGUUGGUAAGAUUUUCUUUGUUUCUGCCAGUCCUCCCUGAUUUGAAUGUCAUAUAGGUGACUUGAGACGAAUUCUCAGGCUGAGGAAUUUAAUUCAUAUCCUCUGGUCACUGAGAUUCUGCCUCCAAAUGAAAAACACCAACACAGUCUUUCUCCAUCCAUCACCCAAGUAUGAGCCCCACAAAAUGGAGUGAUGAUUUUUAAUGCUAUGCUUUCUUGAAAUUUUACUGUUGAAAUGUUUGUUUUAUCUCUUUCUCCUUCUCUCUGUGGUUUCUGCAUUCUCUGUCUCUGCUACUAUUUUCUGAUUCUGUAAACUGUAGACAGUUCUUUUCCUAAUAAACCAUAAAACUGGCAUU